AUGAAAGACGGGGAGCCUUGGCAGAGGAGGCAUUUACUUCCAAAGAUCCAGACAAGAUCGAUGGGGCUCCUUCUGGGUCUGCCAGCUACNGGCAAGACGGGAGCCUUGGCAGAGGAGGCAUUUACUUCCAAAGAUCCAGACAAGAUCGAUGGGGCUCCUUCUGGGUCUGCCAGCUACCAAGCCAUUAAUGAAGGUGGGUCACUCCAAUCUCUCACCAAAACAUCACUAGGCAGUGAACAAAAAGAUACUCCAAACCCACCAGCUAUGCCAUUAACUAGAUGGACGAAUGAAGUUAUUAGAAAUAUGAUUCCCUUCGCUAUUUCAACCACAGUUGAUGUUGAGAUAGAGGACCACCACAGCAACCAAGAGUUCCCAAGUCUUCCUACCUCUAACAAUAUUAGGAAAUCUUCCCCUGUUCCUACGGGUGUUGAUGUUGAGAUAGAGGACCACCGCAGCAACCAAGAGUUCCCAACUCUUCCUACCUGUAACAAUAUUAGGAAAUCUUCCCCUAAUCCAAGAAAGCAUGGGAGUGGUCCACAAACUAAGCUCACACUUGCCAAGCCAUGGAGUCAAGUUGUAAAGCAGAAUGCAAUGGAAAAAUCCAACUCUCCUCACCAACACCCUUCUGAGGUGAAUGCUGCUGAAAAACUAGUUGAGAGUUUUGACCUCCUCAUGGACAUCCAGGGGAAAACUGAAACAAUAGAGAUCAAGACAUCUGCAACUAUGAAUGGGUUAGAGCAGCAAGAGGUAGUUUUUUCUCAAGCAGAGGAUAUGAUGGAAUCUCGCCAAGCUUCUUCCUCGGUUACUAUCAAGAAUAACAUUGGACCGGUUAUCCAAGCUGGCGCAUCUACCUCUUCUCAACAGGAUAUCUUGGGUCAUGACCACCAUAUUACUAAGAUAACAGUCAAUGAGAGCAGUUCUCCUCAACUGCUCAUGCAACCUGGUGUCACUUUAUCAUCUAACAAAUUUGAGGAGCUCAACAAGGAGGGGGGACAAAUUGUGGUUGACUUAAGAGCGGAGCUUGAGCCUGAAACAAACAUACCAAAUGAAGUAACUGAGGAAGUCCGUAAGGAGGAGGUACGAACCAAGGCUAAACUUCAACAAAUGCCAAACAAAAAGAAGAAAGGGAAGAAGAAAGACCCAAAGUCCAAGGUGGUUGAGCACCUCUUGCUCAAACAAAUCCAACCCCCUCAAUGA